AUGUUCAAGCAGAUCCACAUGGUUCACAAGCCAGACAAUGACAGUGAUUUUUCAAACACAGCCUACGCAUAUGAUACAGAUUCAACAAUUUCUGCCUUUUCACAUCCUGCUGCAAAGACGCAGACCUACCGGCCUUUGUCUAAAAGUGUCUCUGACAACGGCACUGAUAUAUUUCGAGCUUCAUCGCCUCUUCCUCCUCCCAUACCUGUGCCUCCUCCAUCCGUGCCUCUCAGACCUCGAGAGCAGUCUUCUCCAGAAAAAAAUGAAUGGGAACCACCGGACAGGAAAGUGGACACCCGCAAGUUUCGCUCAGAACCAAGAAGUAUCUUUGAGUAUGAGCCAGGAAAGUCAUCCAUUCUUGAGCACGAAAGACCGACUUCCUUGUACCAGCCUUCAAUUGAAAGGGGCAACGAAAGGCCUUCUAGUUCGGCAAGCGACUUCAGGAAGAGAAGGAAGUCUGAGCCCAGUGUGGGCCACCAGAGAGCUCACAAUGACCACAAUGCAAACAGGGCCAGCCUGAGCAAGGGAGACGCACUAAGCGCAAACGCCACUCUGAGAAAGCCUUUCGUUAGUUCUUCUCCGUCCUCUCCCUCACGCUCUAAAGCUGACCAGGAUUCUCCACGAAACUACUCGUCUGCAUUCACCGAUGUGAGCCGGACAACAGCGAGAAGGGGAGCCCAAGAGAGAGAGGCAGCCAGGGCUGUGUAUGACUUUAAAGCUCAGUCUGCAAAAGAGCUGUCGUUUAAGAAGGGAGAUACAGUAUACAUCCUCCGGAAAAUUGACAAAAACUUUGAAAAAAUUAGCCCAGAUGGGAAAGCACAGCCAGUACGGCCCCCGCCGCCAGCGCAGGUCCGAGAGAUUGGAGAAGCGAUAGCCAAAUACAGUUUCACUGCUGACACAAAUGUGGAGCUCUCUCUCAAAAAGGGUGACAGAGUGAUACUACUUAAGAAGGUUGAUCAAAACUGGUUUGAGGGUAAAAUUCCUGGAACUAACAGACAAGGCAUCUUCCCUGCAUCCUAUGUGGAAAUUAUAAAGAAGAGUCCUUCGAAGAGUGUUGGAGCUUCGCCCGAUCGGUCGAUACCUCACGGCUACUCAAGUGAUAGACUGCACAGUCCAGCUACACGUCCAGUGUUUACUCAUGAAAAUAUACAGACCAUGGGGGAACCGUAUCAGUCUCUGUAUAACUACACUCCACGCAAUGAAGAUGAGUUGGAGCUCAGAGAAGGGGAUGUGAUCGAUGUCAUGGAAAAGUGCGAUGAUGGAUGGUUUGUAGGCACAUCGCGACGAACAAAAUUUUUCGGGACUUUCCCUGGAAAUUAUGUGAAGCGGCUAUGAAUGAAUGGUCAUCCUGUCGCUGUCUGACACCGCACGUCUAGGUCACUUUGUUAGGAAGCACACUUCUGUUUUUUGACCCGACAGUCUGAAAUUCACGUGUAGUCUGCCAACAUUUUCUUGCAGUAUUAGAGAUCAGCCAUUUUCUAGGCACUUAUGAAGCUAACUUACCACGCUUCACUCUUUGAGAACGUUAUUUCCGGAGGACGCGCUGUCUCUGCCAAUGUCUUUGUGAAAAACCACACUGCAUUAUUUCGUAAGCUAGGAAUGUGACGUGACACAAUCAGGAUCUGGUAGUGGAUACAUGCAGCUUUGUUGAGGUGUGUUGGUAAUCUGGUCUAUGAGUCUGAUAAAUUGCUUGAACAGUCAUUUCUGACAACUGCUGGACAUUUUAAUACAAGUUUCACCUUCGUGACACAGUUUUUGCUAAGUAGAAACGUAAAAGUGUAGCAAUCACGGCCUUUUAUCUUCUGACCACAAAUGUAGCCACUGCAGAGCGCACCACGUCUAAAGAAUUAGAUCUGAAUAAAAAUCAAAU